AUGCGUAUAGUCACGAUUAUUCUGGUCCAAAUCAUCAUCUUCUCUACGACACCAAAGAAGACUAAAACGCAACACAUUCKAAAUCAAAUGGAACCYCAGCAGAGAGAUGAAACAACGAAUGCUGGACGACACCGCGUUAGAACAAAAUGGACCCAAGAGAUGAACGCCGCUUUAAUUGAUUCUAGAACAGAAGCCGAACAACUAUUUAACUCAGAUGACUGCCCUAAGAAAGGAAAUGGAAGGAAAAUCGGUAUUAUGGAACUCACGAAACGUUUUUUUGACGAAAAAGGAUACGCUUAUUUACAAAAGAACGCWGGMAAUUUGCGAGACCAAUAUGCAAAUCUGAUGAAAACAUCAAAGACCUGCAAAAAAGCCAUCACAAGAGAAAUUCUGGAACAAAAGGACACAGAUAAUUCAAAAGACCARGAAUGCAGCCAGCCCCCCUCCAGGGAAUGUCAACCGAAACGAMCACAGCAAGAACAAAGGCSAGACAUCACGCCACAAUCAAAUACUAGUCCGAAAUUCAAUAACCUAUUCKAACUCGCAAAUCCUAUCUACUUAAAGAUCAAGGAAGAUACUAAAGACUUUAAAAAUCGAGAGCAUACAACAUUCACUAAAUUUUACCCAAAUAAAGAAGAUCUACUAGUGCUAAAUGAAAUARUUCAAUGUCUCGUAACAUCAUUGCCGGAAGACAGCCCAACUCAAUACCUGUGGGAACUUAAUUGUGCAAUUUAUGCGACUACUGUUGCGUGGAAAAAMUACACYGGAAAUAACAGAAAACCAAAACCAAYAGCAACUCCUUAUCAAGGACCAAAAUGGAUGCGUAUCGUCGACAAUCAAAUCACCAAACUGCGUAAACAAACAUCACAAAUAACGGAAGAAAUAAGGAGASUAACAACAAACGGAAAGCUGACGUCAAAACUAAGAAAAAACAGRAAAUGGAUGAGAUCKGAGAUUAAGAACAAAMUAACAAAGCAACGACUACAGGAACUGAAAGAGAAAAAGAUCAACCAGCUGAGAGUAAAGAAAAUKCAGAGGAAAAGAAAGCUUACAUCACACAAACGAAAAACAGCAAACAGGCAAUUCGACCKCUCCGAAARAAAGUUCUACGAUCACUGCAGAAAUAUAAUUAAGACGGACACAAACAACGAAAGACCUACUUAUACAGACAAAGCAUCGCAAAAGUCAARUGCAGACGAUCCGUCCUCGCCRACAGUGAACGACUUCAACGACUUUUGGAGGCCUAUAUGGGAAACGGAAAAGAGAGCAAACCUAGAAGCUAAAUGGAUACAUACUGUAACAGAAGCAAUCCAAUCUACAAUGACAACACCUGUAGAGGAAUCAAUUAACAUCGAAGAGAAAGACAUCUAUACAAGUAUAAAAAAGAAGAAGAACUGGAGUUCUCCCGGUAAUGACAAAAUAACUAAUUAUUGGUAUAAGACUCUGCCAACUACGCAUAARGGACUCGCAAAGGCUGUAAACACAAUUAUCAACAACAACAUACCCCUACCAGACUGGUUAGUAGAAGGGAAAUGCGUCAUGAUCCCAAAGAAAGAAAACCCACAARCCAAAGACCAUCGUCCAAUAACUYUCCUUAACACAAUGUACAAGAUAAUAACAUCAGUCAUAGACGGUAAACUCAAAGAUCACCAAGAAAAACACCGAUACAUGCAGAUCGACCAGAGAGGGUGUACCUCACAAUUGAUGGGAUGCAUUGAUAAUCUAAUAAUCGACAUAAUAACACUAGAAGAGGCAAAAGACAGAAAGAAAAAUCUCUCAUGUACAUGGAUUGACGUGAAAAAAGCCUUCGACUCCAUCAAUCACGAAUGGCUUGCUCUUAUACUGCAAAUGCAUARCAUACCAACGAAAAUCACUAACUUUAUCACGAACACAAUGAAGAAAUGGUCCAUCACACUCGAGGUUAAAGUCAACGAAAAGAAAGAGAGUAUUGGUCCAANUUUGGAGAGAGUUGAAGCGGCAAAUUGUAGUGGUGCCUCAAACUUUAAAUCUGGUAUCCCUAAUCCGCUAGACAUUGAUGACUACUAUAAAUUCCUUGGUAAAUAUGAAAACUCUGUCCAACUASAACARSAAGUAUGURACGAAGCAGCUAGUGAAUACCUUAAACGUCUAUCUGUUAUUUGGUCAAGCAAUAUCUCAAUUCCAAGGAAAAUACAUGCUACCAAGACUUUUGCUCUACCUGCCCUACAGUACCAUAUGUGGACGAACGACUGGACAGUUAACCAACUCAGAGAUAUAGACAGACAAACAAGAGAUAUUCUCAGAAAAGAGGGCGCAAUGCACUAUCAUGAAUCCAGCAAACUACUCUACCUACCGGAAGAACUAGGGGGAGGUGGCAUGAAAAGCGUAGAAGAUACUUACAAACUGACAACAAUCAAAAUGGCCAACUACCUUAACAACAACGAUGACAAAAGAAUCAAGCAAGCAAGAACAUACGAAAUGCAUAGAAUCACCGCAGGAAGAAAGUCAAUCUUCAAACAAGCAACCAAGGACGCAGCAGAAUACAACAUCAAGUGUAUGUUUGAUGAUACAGGCACUAUAAUAUAUGCAAACAAAGACAUAACAGCUGCUGUAGUGGAGACUAAGACGAYUGCUUCUUCCCCUACAKCACUAAAAGAGCUGCUGAAAUCUAAGAUCACAGAAAAGUACACCAAGGAAGCRGAAGAACAGAGAUGGCUUGGAGCUUACACCAGCAAACAGCUCCAGGACAAACAAAUGUCACCCACUGUCAACCAAAUCCUGAAGAGAUGGAAAAACAUACCUGAUAUUGUUUAUAGCGUAAAUAWAACCAUACGACAACAAUUAUUACCAACAAAGACGUACCAACAAAGUAAAGCACAGAUGGCCAUCACMGACACCAASUGUAGAAUGUGCCACUCAGCUACAGAGUCAACAACACACGUUCUAAGYGGCUGUUCAAAGAUCGCCCAGACCCUYUAUACAGCCAGRCACGACAKGAUGCUAAGACCGAUAUAUCACUGCUUGCUCAACAAGUACAGAUUUCAAGAAAGUGACCAUGGGAAACCAUGGUACCAACAAAGUCUACCAUCUGCAGUGAUUGAGAAUGAGAAGGCAAAGAUAUACUGGAACGUGCCCUACUACCUUGAAACGCCACCAGAAAAUGGAGCAAAUAAACCCGACGUGAUUGUCUAUGAUAAAGAAGACAAUACCUGGACAUUACUUGAAGGGACAGUCUGCCAAGUAGAUAAAAUCUUASAUCGAUCAAAYGAAAAACAAACAAAGUACAYWGAAUUACGCGCAGGCAUCAAAAGGGAGCAUAAAAGUAAAGAAGUCAACCAAAUUAAUAUCGUUUUCGACUUUCUUGGAGGACAUCACGAACAACUACCCAAGGAUUUGAGACCAAUUACGAACACUGACAUGGAACUGAACUUAUUAAAUCUUAUUGAACGCUGUCAGAAAUGGAUUUUGAGUCAGAAUGUAAAUAUUGUAAAGAAGUUCUAUGAAUAUGUUAACUGA